UGGAGAAUGACAAAAAAAAUGUGCCUCCCAGCCUCAACACUUUCACCUGGAGAUAAACAUCGUCACUUACGCUGAUCCCCCAGGGAGAAUGGGUGCAGGUGGAGCGGGGAGAGGAGGCGUGACGCGAUGAAAUGCGACGAUAGCCGCGAUAAAAAAUGACCCCGGGGACGAACAACAAAGGGGAACAACUUGAGUCUUCCCUGGGAUUUUAACGACGCCAGAUUUCCAGUUUGAGGACAUUGAUUGGCAGGGAUUAGACAGCUGAUAUUAAUUGGAGCUGGAGGCGGGAGGAGCUGGAGCUGCAGUUCACUUUCACACGGACACAAGAGAAGAAGCAGCAGCAGCAGAAGAAGACAAAGCUCUGGUGGGCAGAGAGGCAGCGGUGCAUGAGGGAACAUGGAGAGGUCAGAGCACCAUGUGAGAGGAACGUCCAGGAGGAAGAGGAGGAGGAGGAGUAAAGUCAAAGGUACAAGCACUCUGGAAGUGAAAGAGAAUCAUAAAAUCCAGGUGGACUGCGAUUUGCUACCAAAGCAUCACCCGGCGACUUUUUGCACAACCAGACACGGAUCGAGAGCUGUGAAGGCGAGGCAGCUGCUGGAGGACGGAAAAGAUCGGCUGCUCUACCAAAGUAAGACAGCAGUGUGGACGGUGACUCAGAAGAACCCUGUGGUGCAGCUGAAUGAGUUACGACCCGGGCUACGAUACGAGAUCACGACGAAGGCCGGUCCCCUGCACGCCCCAGUGUUUUCUGUCACUGUGGACGUCGAUGGUCUCCACUUCGAGGGUCGAGGCCCAACAAAGAAGUGGGCUAAGAUAAAGGCCGCAGAGUUGGCUCUACGUUCCUUCGUCCAGUUCCCAAACGCGUCACAGAUUCACGCUGUCAUGGGGAACUUUACCAGCACAUCGAUGGACUUUACGGCAGAUAAACUAGACGUCUCUGAUGUGUUCCUCAAAGACUCGGAGCCUGAAAUCUGUCAUCUUGUUCACUGCAACACUUCUUUCUCCAGCCUUUACAACCACAAACGACUUGUUCACCUCGCACUGGACUUGGUCACCUCAGCAAAUCCAAAAUGUCAAGCCCUCGGCACGUCGUUUCUAGAGCACCGGAGUUCAGUGGUGCUGCUCAACCAGCUUCGACCAGGACUCCGGUACACGUGCCUGGCAGAGAGAGUCCGCGGUAGGUUGAAGAGGAGUUUCGUGAUGGUGGUCGUGGUGGAGGGCAGGGUGUUUGAGGGGUGUGGUCGUAGUAAAAAGCUGGCGAAGGCUCGGGCGGCUGGAGCGGCUCUACAGUCCCUGUGCAACAUUAGUCUGGGACCAGAGAGGAAGGUCAUGAGGCUCCAGGGCAGCAGAGACAAAAAUCAACUACCUCAGUUUUUCGCAGAGUCCAUUUUCCACCUGGUGAGAGAGAAAUACGCAGAGUUGACGGCCGCUACCUCGCACGCCCACCGUCACAAGGUCCUGGCAGGGAUCGUAAUGACCAGAGGGUUUGACCUCAGAUCAGCUCAGGUCGUGUCACUGGCCACGGGGACAAAGUGUCGGGACUUGGACGUCACGAGCGACUGCAACUGGACGCUCAACGACUGCCACGCAGAAGUCCUCAGCCGGAGGGCGCUGCUUCGCUUCCUGUACGCUCAGCUGGAGCUGCUGCUCUGUGAAUCGGCCGACCAUGAGGAACGAUCCGUCUUUGUACGAGGUGGUGGCGGCGGCGGCCUGCGGCUGCGGGACAGCGUCCUCUUCCACAUGUACGUGGGCUCAUCCCCGUGCGGAGACGCUCGACUCAACUGUCCCUAUGAGAGCACGGCGGCAUAUUCCAGCAGGAGGUUUCAAUGUCACCUCAGAGUGAAAGUGAACAGCGGCGAGGGAACACUGCCCAUCACGCCGCGCAGAGCGGCCAAUCAGCCACAGGACAGUGCGUCGGCGGGGAAACCACCAGUCACAAUGUCGUGCACCGACAAAAUGGCAAAGUGGAGCGUUGUCGGACUGCAGGGGGCGCUCCUGUCCCACCUGGUGGAGCCGGUUUACCUGCACAGCCUGACGGUGGGGACACUGAGUCACACGGGUCACCUGAGCAGAGCUUUGACUCGCCGCCUUGCCGGCGUCAAACGCCUACCCUUCCCAUACCGAAGGCAGCGGCUGCUGCUCAGCGGUCUAAGCAGCAGCGACGUUCGUCCAGCAGGGAAACCUCCAAACAUCAGCGUGAACUGGAGCUGUGGUGACGAAGUCCUGGAGGAGAUCAGCACCUCCACAGGCAGGAGAAGGAACUGCGGGACGGCGUCGCAGCUCUGCAAAAACUCACUGUUCACACACUGGCAGCGGCUGCAGCGGCUGCAGCAGCAGCAGCAGAUAUCGGGAGCAGACGUUACUACGGAGACGUACUGUGGCUCCAAAUUGACCGCUGGACCCUACCAGAGGGCGCUGCAGCUCUUCACUGCCGCCCUGCAGGCCGGAGGUCUGGGGGCGUGGCUCAGGAAAUCUCCAUAGCAGGAUCACGUCAAUGAAAAACUGUGUUUCCAGUGAUGGAUGAGGUUUUUAUAUAAAGUGUGUGUUUGUACGAGACACUGACAGUGUGUGGUUGUGAGCUGUGUCUGCGCCCCCUGCUGGAUUCUUGUGUCUAGAACUAGUCUGAGAGAUCAUAGACAUCUUAACGGUUCAGCUUUACUACACGAGAAACUGUGUCCCUUGGUAAACUUUUCUGUGUGUGUAUGUGUGUGUGCACCACACCUCAAAAAAUCAGUGAUUUUAACAUCACAGCACAGGAGUUGUGAUCCACUGCUGCCUUUAUUACUAAGUUGUUAUUGGUUUGUAUCGCUAAAAACUGCGAACAAAGGCUCGCCUGAGAUAGGUUUGUAUCUUUUUCCAACUUUCGGAAGUGGUGGGAAUUUCAUAGCGACCUCACCAUCUGACACAGGAUGAUUCCUGCGACGUCACUAAAGUGUUCGUGUGAGAAAAAACAUUGUCGUUAUCGCAUUAGUAUUACAACAGCUCACGGUGAGUACAAAGUGACCACAUGAGGCAGCAGAGGACCAGCAGCUCCUGUUUAACUUCACCACAAACAAUCUGAGUGUGAAUUCACUUUUAUUUCCCCAUAUUUAAAUUAAUUCUGUAUUUUAUUCUAAAUGAUAUUUUCUUUUCUUCUGUGAAAAUGUAAUUUUUUUAUUGUUUCUCUGAUCUUCAGUUCAGUUUCUCAUGUUCUUUGAACUGUAUUUUAAAAAAAGAAUUGGUGUAACUGCGAAUGCUCAACAGGCUGAAGACACGCCGCCACCUAGAGGACGAUCACAUGUAUUACAAGAUGUGGAGUCAUUAGUUAUUACUGUUGUUUUUUGUCUUCGUCAUUUUUACAAUCCUCCCUUUUAUCACUUUAGAUCAUCAGUGUAAUCUCAAAUAUUCUGAGAGGCUUUUACUUUGAAAGAGUCAUGUCCUCUCUCCAUCUCCUGUAUUUAUUUUUGUAAAAGUUUUCUGAAACUCAGACACUUUUUAUUAUUAUGAUGAUAUAAGCAGAGUGUGUGUGUGUGUAGUUUAUAUCGGUCGUGAAUAUUUUUACCACAACAAAUAAAAUCCACUUGUUUGUGUUAA